CCGCCCGGAGCGCCGCAGCUGCUGCCGCCGCCGCCACCUCUGCCACCGCACGCACCUGGCAUGCUUGGAUGUCCCUGCCUUGGCUGUGGUAUGGCAGGCCAAAGGGUCGUCUUCCUCACUUUCCUUGCCCUGGAGCUUCUGGGAAGGGUUGGAAGUUCUCAGCCAGCCCUCCGGAGCCUGGGGGCUGCAGCUGCCUGUCGCCUGGAUAAUAAAGAAACCGAGUCCUGGGGGGCUUUGCUGAGUGGGGAGCGACUUGACACCUGGAUCUGCUCCCUCGUGGGCUCUCUCAUGGUUGGGCUCAGUGGGGUUUUCCCCUUGCUGGUCAUUCCCCUGGAGAUGGGGACCAUGUUGCGCUCAGAAGCUGGAGCCUGGCGUCUGAAACAGCUGCUCAGCUUCGCCUUAGGUGGACUCUUGGGCAAUGUGUUUCUACACCUGCUGCCAGAGGCCUGGGCCUACACCUGUAGCAUCAGUCCCGGUGGUGAAGGACAGAGUCUGCAGCAGCAGCAGCAGCUGGGGCUAUGGGUCAUUGCUGGCUUCCUGACCUUUCUGGCCUUGGAGAAGAUGUUCCUGAAUAGCAAGGAGAAAGAGGGCCCCAGCCAGGCCCUCAGCAAAGACCCCACUGCUGCCGCGCUCAAUGGAGGCCACUGUCUGGCCCAGCCGGCUGCAGAGCCCGGCCUGAGAGCCGUGGUCCGGAACCUCAAAGUCAGUGGCUAUCUCAACCUGCUGGCCAACACCAUAGACAACUUCACUCAUGGGCUAGCUGUGGCCGCCAGCUUUCUUGUGAGCAAAAAGAUCGGGCUUCUAACCACAAUGGCCAUCCUCCUGCAUGAGAUCCCCCAUGAGGUGGGUGACUUUGCUAUCCUGCUCCGCGCUGGCUUUGACCGAUGGACUGCAGCCAAGCUACAGUUCUCUACAGCCCUGGGGGGCCUUCUGGGGGCCUGCUUCGCCAUCUGUACACAAUCUCCCAAAGGAGUAGAGGAAACAGUGCUCUGGAUCCUGCCCUUUACCUCUGGAGGCUUUCUUUAUAUUGCCCUGGUCAAUGUGUUGCCUGACCUCUUGGAAGAAGAUGACCUGUGGCACUCCCUGCAGCAGGUGCUGCUGCUCUGCUCCGGCAUUGUGGUGAUGGUGCUGCUUUCAUUCUUCGUCGAAUAACCAUUCCUGACAUCCCACUCUGCAUAGCAAGCAAUAAGAGAGCCAACUUGUUCUGUCACUUUGUGUGUGAGGCAGAGGGUGAAUGCUAGAACCAGCCUCACUGGACAGAGGGUAUGGUGUGCACGUGCAGCCAGAUGUGUGCAAGAGACCGACACUGUGAUCCCUGUGUGCAGAGUACAGAGCAGCGCCUGCCCAGCCACACCCCAUUGUCACCUAGCAGCAAGGGAGGACAGCACUGGUGCCAGCACAGGCCUCACUUCCCACUCAAAGAAAGCAGCCCAAAGAGCCCAGGGGUACAGAGAACCAGAGUUGUCCCUGCUGGGCCUCUAGCCCAAGAGCAACUGAAGCUCUGACCAUUCAGGUCCCAAGCACCUUAGAGACAGAGACUACACAGCCCUCCUACACCACCUCGGCAGCCAAAGAAAGGGGUGGAGGGUGCUUUGUAACCCCAGCCCCGCACAGCACUGAUGUCCUACACAGCCUCAAGGGCUGCAUCCUCAGGGCUGCCAGCCUGGGCUCAUGCUUCCCCAGCAAAUGCUCCUUAGCCUCAUAGGCAGCUCUCACCGCCCCUGACUCCAAACAGCAGCCUGCAAGGCAGCCGAGUAGUCCUCAGGCUAGCAGUCUCCCAGUGCAGCUUCAGGAUGCUCCUGCCUGCACAGGGUCCAGCAGACAUGCCCCAUGCAGGCAGGGAGAAUGAGUCUUGUUGCCCUUCCCUGCUCAGGCCCCUAGUCCUCUGGGUUGAGGGUAAGGUGGGGGUGGUGAGGGCUCCACAUUGUCAGCGUUCAGGAAUGUGAACUGGGAGAAUGCUGAAGCCAUAAUCCCCAACUGUUUCACUUGGCUGAUGUCCAGGUACUCAGCUGGCCCACUCUCCAGCCAAACUCCAGCCCUGCUGCACAACUGUGGGUGUUAGAAGUGGCCACUGAAAAGUCUGAGUGAUCCCAUAGUAGUUAUACUGUGGUUCAUCUUUAUCUGUAAAUACCUGUUCUAUAGAUAAAAUAAAUAUUACCUAGACCGCU